CUUGUCUCUGUCUCUCAGCCAACUCAGUAUGCUUUCUGCCCUGGACUGCGAUAUUAGACCGGGACUCGGGUUAGGGAUGUUUGAACUAGGGUCUUCAUUGUGGAACAUCCUUGACUUACUGCGCCGGAUGCAGCAUCUGUUCCCCAGAGUGGAAGUCAAGUUCGACACCGACUCUUCCGCUACUACCCCAAUCAUCUUGCAUAUUCGACCUCAUCUCGAUCUGUUGUUCACCGGAACAUCUCAGCGCCUACAUACAAUCAUACUCAAGCUAGGCUUUCGUGAUCCUCCCGUCUCACUGCGCUACAAAGAACAUCUUCUGUCUUCCACCGAGGAAUCCCUUAAACGAGUGGCGGUUAGUCGGGUGUUUGGCCCCACGUAUCCCGCGGACGACAGAGCUGAUCUGCGGUAUCCUGGAGUAUGGUUUAGCUUUGAUGCAGAUGGAAUGAGCGAUGGCCUGAAGAGCGGCACAACUCAGACAGAAGAUCGUAUUAGGCUGCAGGAAGUGAAGAGGGUCAUCGUCACGCAGAAGGAGUCUGAUGGGGAUCAUCGCGAUGCUCUGGGUGAGGUCACUGAGUGUGCGUCCAUGAAUGGGGACAUAUCGAGAGCGAUUGUCAAGGUACAUGAGGGUGUUACUUUGUACUUCCAUCCUACCACAUCCUCGGAACCCAUUCGCAUUCGCCUGCAUGAAUCAACCGCUCAAGAUCUCAUGCUGGAUCUGGGCCCACCGAAUAAAGUUCAUGCAAAAGAGGACGAAAGGAUGACUAUACACGCCACUGCACAUCCUAGAACUGGCUCGGAAUCCUGUUAUUUCUAUAACUACUUCCAACACGGCUUGGACUUCCUGCUAUCAUCGACCCAUGUGGUCAUCAAGAUCAUCAUUCACUCGAAUAUUCCAGGCUCGCCUCUGUUCCAGCGAUAUAAGCGUUGCAAUUGGGAGAUUGAAGGGAGACCCGAAGACGACGAAGACGACACUCCUCCGCGAAGGGGAUUCUAUGACCGAUUUGAGACGAUCAGCCACUUUCUGUCGCCUCGUGAACCUCCGCCGUCGAUGCUUCUUGACCGCACAGACGAUGAAGACGCGCUGACACUCCCGAAUGCAACCACUCGAUUGCACGGCUACGAUGGCAUCGUGCUGGAAGUUUCUGAAUCAUCACAAGUCGUCACAGUUAUGCUAUUCUGAGCAGGGUGCAGUACAUUAGUCAAUAUCACCGUAUUUUUGUUACAGGUCUACUCCCCCAUUACCAUCAUCGCCUUCGGCCGAAGACUGAGGUUGUGGUGGUGGGACCAGAGGUUUUGUCGUCUUGGAUGUGUAGUGAUCCAAAGAAAUCCCUUUCAUUACUAACGCCAACUUGAGCAUCUCGACCCGCUCGGUCUGAGAACCACUGGUCAAAAGUAAGGAUGUUAAAGCGUGGAGCCCAGCUUGAACUCGCGGAUAAGAAGCCGAAAACUCACAUGGUCUCCUCGUUUUCUGUGAAUGCUUGCGAUUCGUCACUUGGUGUCGUGCUGUCGAUGUACUCCCGUAGAAUAUCUUGGGUUUCGCGCAAUCGCGCGAGCGAGAGCUCGAGUCUUCCUAUCUCUGCUGCAGGUCAAUCCAAGAAUUCCAUCGGGUCUGCACGUCGCAGACCAUUCGUGAUGGUUUCAGCAUCCAGUGCAAAGGCUUCCUCUAAAGUGAACGGCUGCGCGUAUUUGGUCGCCAUGAGUUGAGAAUAAGAGUUCACGAUGAUCUUUAUAGUGAUAGUAAUGACUCUCGGCUUACGGUCAUCCACGGGCCGGCCUAGCCGCUCCUGCCUCUUACCUCCUGUGCUUGUAAACCAAUUCGGAUGUCCUAGCGUCUUGGACGUUCCUAAGCUCAUACUUGUCUAUAUAUGCCAGUUAAAUGCACUCAGCUUAGUAAACUCCCCAAGACCGCGCGCAUUGCCUCCGUUGAU